GAAACCAUUUCUCGAAGGAGCUGGAACACUUCCAGUGACAUCCCGAGAAACUUUAAGUUGAAUCAACGGGAAUCGCAUUUCCAUUUCCAUUUCUUUCCCUUGGUCUCUCACUUUGGCUCGAUAAUGUCGGCGUACCUAUGGAAGAGCUUCGACGAGGACGAGGACCGCCCGGAGAAACCUCGCCGCUAUGGAGUCACGGAGAUGAGAGGCCCCCAUUUCACCCUCUUAAGCCAAAACGUUAUUCAGGAUAUUUUUGAGUCCAUGGGACAAUUUGUUGAUGGAUUAAAGUUCUCUGGAGGUUCUCAUAGCCUGAUGCCAAAGGCUUUCAUUAAAGAAGUGAUUAACAUAGCUCACCAACAUGAUGUAUAUGUUAGCACAGGUGACUGGGCUGAACACUUGGUUCACAAAGGUCCAUCGGUCUUCAAAGAGUAUGUGGAGGAGUGCAAGCAAUUGGGGUUUGAUACUAUUGAGCUGAAUGUGGGAUCACUCGAGGUUCCUGAAGAGACUCUUCUAAGAUUUGUGCGCUUGAUUAAGAGUGGUGGUCUCAAAGCCAAGCCUCAAUUUGCAGUGAAGGUUAACAAGUCUGACAUUCCUGUUGGUGGUGAUAGAGCAUUUGGAGCUUAUAUUGUCCCAAGGCCUCGAUCAUCUGAAUUUGUUGAAGAUGUGGAUCUUUUGAUCAGACGGGCUGAGAGAUGCUUAGAAGCUGGAGCAGACACUAUAAUGAUUGAUGCUGAUGAUGUCUGCAAGCAUGCUGAUUCUGUACGGUCAGACAUAAUUGCUAAGGUCAUUGGGCGUCUUGGUCUUGAGAAGAUCAUGUUUGAAGCAUCAAAUCCCAGAGCCUCUGAGUGGUUUAUUAAACAGUAUGGUCCCAGGGUGAACCUCUUUGUGGAUCACUCUCAAGUGAUGGAUCUGGAAUGUCUCCGGGGACGCAACCUGGGUAAAAAUCAUGCAUCUGUCCUUGGAUCCUCAUCUUUUCUGUUCUGAACUGGAGGUACAUUACAGAGAUAUAUAUUACUUGUACGAACUGGUUACAUUGCAUAUGACUUAUGCGAGCUGUAAUGGAUAUCUUCUAAAUAAAACUUACUCAAGUUUGUAUGUGUGUUCA